AUGAGUGCCGAAAAACCUCAACGAAGCGCUGGUACACGGACGGCUAUCCGCUCAGCGUCAGAUUUCGGGAUAGAACUUCAUCCCGGAGUCGAAGAUCUGUUAUACGACAGCACUGCUCUAGCAAAGGCUUACGGAGGAGCGUCUCUAAAAGAUAUCUUUGCGACUAAGCUGGUCACCACUUGUGUGCUGACCGCAUGCACGGGUGGACUUCUCUUUGGUUUUGAUCAAGCGAGUUCAUCUGCGGCAAGCUUCAAUAAAGGGUUGAUGACUGCGAUGCUUGAGCUGGGUGCAUUUUUGGGAGCCAUACUAGUUGGAUUUGUCGCCGAUAAAUACUCGCGAAAAGUAUCCAUCGGUGUGGGCCUUGCCUGGUUUGCGGUCGGGUCGACGAUUCAAACUGCUUCUUUCAGCGUUGCCCAGCUCAUCGUCGGUCGAACUCUUGGUGGUAUAGGCAUUGGUAUGCUCUCGUGCACUGCUCCCAUCUAUGUGUCAGAAGUUGCUUCACCCAAGGUCCGAGGUGCAUUCUUGGUCAUGGAGCAGUUCAUGAUCGUUAUCGGUAUCGUCCUCAUGUUCUACAUUGCCUACGGUACCAGACUCAUCGAUUCCGCCUGGUGUUACCGUCUACCGUUCCUCAGCAGAUGGUACCAGGUUUUUUCCUGGGAGCUGCUCUAUUCAUUUUACCAUUCUCCCCUCGAUGGCUGGCAAGUAAGGGAAGAGACCAAGAAUGCCUCGAUACACUUGUCCGACUUCGUAACCUUCCGGCCACCGACCCAAGGAUCCAAGCCGAGUAUGAAGACAGAGCUCAAGCUCGAAGCUGCGAGCUGGGUGGACAUGUUCAAGCCUGCGGUAAUUCGAAGAACCAUGAUCGGUAUCAUGCUCAUGUUCUUUCAACAAUUCGUUGGUAUCAACGCUCUCAUCUACUACAGUCCUACGUUGUUCGAGACCCUCGGGCUCGACUCAGCUUUGCAGCUUCACAUGAGUGGUGUGAUGAAUGUGCUUCAGUUGGUUGCCGUAAUAGCCGUUUUUUUCUACUUUGAUCGGAUCGGUCGACGACCUUUCUUGCUCCUCGGUUCCAUCGGAAUGUGUGUCGCUCAUACUGUCGUUGCAAUCAUGAUCGGACUCUACUCCAAGGAUUGGGCUAGUCAUUCUGGUCAAGCUUGGUUUGGGGUUUCCUUCAUUUUGGUUUAUAUGCUCGCCUUCGGCCUUUCUUGGGGUCCAGUUCCUUGGACUAUGCCUGCGGAAGUUCAUGCCUCUAGCUAUCGAGCCAAGGGUGUUGCUCUCUCGACUAGUUCCAACUGGCUUUGUAACUUUGUCAUUGGUCUGAUCACACCGCCUAUGAUCAAAAAUAUUGGUUACGGCACAUUUAUCUUCUUUGCCGUUUUCUCUUUCCUUUCCGGCGUAUGGGCUUGGUUCAUGCCCCUGAGACAAAGGGAAGGACACUCGAGCAGAUGGAUCAGGACCCCUGCGCAAACUGAGUCUCCUAUACCAAAUGCUUCGAACGAGAAAGUAGCCGAUGUGUUUAUCGAGAGACAAGAAACCUAUCGCUUGGAGAAGGACUAUGGGAAAGAGGGACAUAUCGAGUAUACGUUAUUCUGGUGGGGCCAAUGA